AUGCAGAUCCAAACCCUCCUCCUAACCCUCACCCUCCUCUUCACGCCUCUCGUCUCGGCCGUCGGCUCCGCCAUCGUCAAGAACAACUGCAAACACCCCAUCUACCUCUGGUCCGUUGGCGGAUCCGUCGGUCCCAAGAAGACCAUCCAGCCCGGAGGCACCUACAGCGAGACAUUCCGUCGCGACCCGGCGUCCGGCGGCGUGUCGCUGAAAAUCACCAAGGUGAACGACGGCAUCUUCAACGGCAGCCCGCAGUUGAAUUUCGCGUACACCCUGGACGGAAACCAGCUGUGGUAUGAUCUGAGCGAUGUCUUCGGGGACCCCUUCGCUGGCAGCGCGUUGGUCGUCAAGCCGAAGGAUACCGGCUGCUCGAAGAUUUGCUGGCCGCAGGGUACGCCCCCUGGUGGGAGCCAGGUUAAGAUUUGCUCGGCGGAUUCGGAUGAGACGUUGACCGUUUGUGCGGCGAGUUGUUAG